AUGGCGCAGUGCAAUAACGAGGAGAACGAGGAAGCUCUUUGUUUCUUCCGUGUCAAAAAUGCAGGAUGCAGGAAUAAUGAUGCGGCUAAACACUGCGAUGCAUUUGAUUCUGUAGUUAGGGAAGAACCGCAAAACGUGCGUGCGGGAAAACUGCAGAAAAAAAAGUAUGGAGGAUUAUUUGUGCAGCAGUUCCCCAUUCCCGUCGGCCUCUCCGCCGCUACCCCUAAUAACGGUUCAAUAGAGUUAUCGAAGAUACUGCUAAUUGCCAACUUACCGCGUAUAAGGACAAGGAGUUAUUACAAGGACAGUAAUGAGCCGUCGCAGCCGAUAUCGGGUAAAGAACCGAAAUACGUGAACGCCGAGCAAUGUUUCGACCAGUUGAAGUCGGGAAACGUGGUCUUUAUCCAAGGUGCAGCAGCGACUCCGGCCGAUCUGGUCACGGCGAUGACCAAAGUCGGUAAGGACAAGAAGCUGAAGGACAUCGUGCUCUGCCAUAUCCACACCGAAGGAAAAGCGCCGUAUUCAGCUAAGGAGUACGAAGGUAUAUUCAGAUCGCAUUCGUUCUUCGUCUCCGGUAAUGUGCGAAAAUCGGUGGCGGAGGGAAGGGCCGAUGCCAUGUCGAUCUUCCUGCACGAGAUCCCAUAUCUCUUCUACAGGAAAAUCUACAAACCGGACAUUUCAAUCGUGCACGUGUCUCCACCUGACUCUCACGGCUACUGCAGUUUGGGAACGAGCGUGGACAUCACUAGGGCAGCCAUUUGCAACAGUAAGGUGAUAGUUGCACAGGUGAACCAGAAGAUGCCUAGAACAUUCGGAGAUGGGAUCAUACACAUUAGCCACAUUGAUUUCGCCUACAAAAAGGACGAACCGCUGCCAGUGCAUGGAGGCAAAGGUGGCCUGAGCGAUACCGAAGUGAAAAUUGGUAAGCUCAUCGCUGAGAAUCUGGUGAAGAACGGAGCCACGCUUCAAAUGGGUAUUGGUAAUAUACCAGAUGCCGUGCUUUCACAGCUAGGAAACCACAAAGAUCUCGGUAUUCAUACCGAGAUGUUCUCGGAUGGUGUUGUUGCGUUGGCCAAGAAAGGAUGCAUCACUAAUAGACUGAAGAGGACGCAUCGAGGCAGAAUUGUGACUGGGUUCGUGAUGGGCACUCAAAAUCUGUACGACUUCGUCCACGAUAAUCCGUUCAUCGAAUUCCUGUCCAUGGAUUAUGUGAACAACACGAGGGUUAUAGCCGCCCAGCCCCUGAUGACUGCCAUUAAUUCUGCGAUUGAAGUCGACCUCACUGGUCAGGUCGUUGCGGAUUCGAUCGGUACACGCAUGUAUUCCGGAUUUGGUGGUCAAGUGGAUUUCAUCAGAGGCAGCGCCGAGGCGGACGACGGAAAAGGGGUGCCGAUCAUUGCUCUGCCUUCGAUCACCAAGAAAGGUGUUAGCAAAAUUAAUGUCACUUUGAAACCUGGCGCCGGUGUCGUCACCAGUCGAGCACACGUCCACUACGUCAUUACUGAGCACGGAAUCGCCAAUUUGUUUGGCAAAACAAUGAGACAGAGAGCUUACGAACUUAUUAAAAUCUCCGAUCCUAAGCACAGAGAGGCCCUCGACAAAGCCGCCUUCGAGCUUUUGAAAUGCAAACCGUCACCUUAG